UAGUCCAGUUAUCUUAGCUUUAGUUGCACACAAUUUACGGGUCUCAAACCUUCACUUUACCUGCCAAUUUACAUGUUUUUGAAUUUACAUACUCGUGCAGUUUGGAACACUACUGUUUCUUCUUUGGUAAAUUGAUUGUUUUUUCAUAAUUUAGGAUCUCGCCUUAAAGCAUUUGGCCUUUAAUUUGAAGAAUCGCUGUGUGGAUCUUUUCCCGUCCUUGGGUUUCAUCAGCUUUUGUUCUGUCAUGUGGUGUAGUGGACUGAAUAUGCGUUGGAGGGUCAAUAUGGACUCCAGGGGAAAAAACGAGAAGUCCAGUAUGAGGGGCAGUAUGAGGGGCAGUAUGAGGGGCCAGUAGCUCAGUUGUAGAUGUCCAUUGGUCGUGUGCUUGCUUGUCCAUGCUUUUUCAACAACUUUAGGUUCCAAGGCUAACAAUUUGGUCUCAAAGUUGGAUUCGGAUGCAUAUUAGUUGCUAACAAUUCAUCCAGGGAUUGAGUUUGUUUAGGAGGAGCUUUGGGACAUGUGCAUUGGAUGGUUACUAAGUUAGGUCAACAACUUUUGUUUCACUGAUGACGAGUGAGUUAGUUUACUUGAAACGUUGGACAAAAGCCUAAUAGCUUCUAUGCAGUUUCCAAAAAGGCUUCAACAAUAUGUAGAUUGAUUAAGAGCGCAGGAAGGGAAUUCAUUCUGAAACCAGACUUGUCAUCUUACAUUUUUCACAACGGAUACAAUUGCCUGAAACAGGAAAGUUGCAGCAGCUGGAGCUGCUGGAACCAUGUGGACUAACAUCUUUAGAAUUGGAGGUCUACAACAAGUCUCAUGGUUCCAGUUUCUGCCUUCAGAGACAGACAUUGGCACUUUGAGAGACAAAAGUGGAAAGAUAGAGGACCGAAAAGAUGCUGCUACUUUUCUGGUUCUUUCAGCACAUGCCCAUUUGCAAAAUGAGGAUUCUUUAAGCACAUGGACUAACUCAUUUGUGGGGCCAUGGGACCCUUCUCAAGGUAUCCACAACCCAGAUGAGAAAAUUAAACUUUGGCUCUUCCUGCCUGGACGCCAAUCAAAUAUCGGUGCAUCUGCACAGGCUGCUGUGAGCGGUCUUAAAGUGGUUGGAGCUGGGCUAUGGUCUGCUCCAGGUGAUUCUGAAGAGGUGGCAGUUGCCCUUUCCCAAGCAUUAAGAAACCGCAUUGAAAGAGCAUUUAGAGGACUCAAUUACAUGAGAUUUGGAGAUGUAUUUGUUAAAUGCCAAUCCUUUGGGCAGGAUAAAUUCAGCUUCAGGAAGCCACUUUUGACUUGUGAGCUUAUAUUUUCAGCUAGUGAGGAAGCUAUUUUUGUUCAUGUUGUUGUUUCUGCCAAGAGAGUUCAGACACUUUCAAGUGAUGACAUGGAAGGGGUCUUAAGACAGCAUUCUCGUUCGAAUGGGGCAGAAGAAAGGAUUGCUGUUUUUGUUGCUCCCCAUGGUAUGCGCGGGAGGCUCACAGGUUGCUGUCCUGGUGAUUUAGUGAGGCAACUUUAUCAAAGCAAAAUGAAAGCCUCAAAUGAUUUCUCAGUAAAUAGUCUGCCUUUCCAUUUCAGUCAAUGUUCACAUGAAAAGAUAAGAGGACAAAAUUGCUAUGCAGAGGUCAGUCUUGGUUGCGUUGUAGGUAGGGCUGGCAGGCCAACACAAGUACUUUCAAAUAUGAACAAGAAUGGCACUAAGCAGGAUGACAUAGACAUUCAAUCUUGUAAUAUGCUGAUGGAGGAUGAAAGGAAGCAGGCAUGUGAAGAUAAUGUUCAACUUGGUGAAAGGACGUUUAUAUACCCAGUUGAGGCUGUUCUUGUUCCAAUGAUGCCCAUUGUACUUGCCAGAACUUUUCUUAGAAGAUGCUGGUUAAGAGAUUGGGCUGGUACAUCAUGGUUGGAGAACAGUCUGUUAGCUGACAUGUCAUGCACAAGUUCAUCAAUAUCUGGGUCAACCUUUUGUAUUAAUGAUGGCAAGGAAUCCUUGGAGAGUUCAUGGAUUGGGUCAAAUGGUUUGCACCAGCAAAAUAGUACUAAUAGCAAUAGCAGCAGUAGCAGCAGCAGCAGCAGUACUAGCAGUACUACCAGCUCUAGUGAGAGUGAUAUUGAGCCAGGCAUUGUCUCAGGAGAUCUUGAAGCUGAUGCUGAUUCUCUUGCAUCUAAACAGUCUCAUUUGACUUCAGCUGUUCAAAUGGAUAUGGAUGGCUCUAAAUUAUUACAUGGUGGAAAACGUGGACGGUCAAGUGGGGCAGACUUAAUCAGUGAAGCAGCAACAGCUAAAAGUGCACGGAAGGGAGAUAGUGCUGGACCAGAUGUAUCAGGACUUGUAGGGGAAAAAUCUGUCACUGGUAUGUUGAAAUCAGGAGGCACUCUCACAGAACUGAAUGCUGUGGGUAUAUCAUCCACCACUGCUGCAGCUUCUAGAAGCCCUUGGGACUGGCCUGAUGAUGAUAGAAGCAUGGGGAUGGAGAUUCAGACCGUUCUUGCAGAAUUCGGUGAUUUUGGUGAUUUCUUUGAAGACGAUACAUUGGCCUUUGGGGAGCCUCCAGGAACUGCUGAGUCUUUUAUGCUAUCUCUAGCGGAUUGUGGAGAUGGAGUAGGCAGCCCAGAUGUUAGAGGAUUGGAAACAUCGGAUCAAAUGCUCCUACCUGUUUUAGAUUUUUCAUCUUUGGACGGUUUUAGUCAGGAUAUAGAACUGGUCAAAGAGGAUGCUGAAAAAGACUCAUACAAAGAUGCUAGAUCAUCACAAGCAGGGAGUCAGUCUUCAGGUCUUUCACUGGGAGAAGUUGAUUCACUGCCAAAAGCUGAAGCUAUGAUGAUGUUUGCUCCUGAGUAUACACCAGUUGAGACUACAAGAAGUGAACUCACAUCAUCUCUAUUUAGAAGCCCGUAUAUUCCAGAUUCAAGAAAAGAACGAAAUAUUCAGUCAAGCUCUAAUGGCUAUGUCUACAGUGCUACACCGCCACCUUCUCCAUGUAUAGAAAGUUCUGACCAAAAACCUGAAUAUGGUGGCAAAGGAAAUGGUACUUGUAAAAUAAGGAAUGACACAGACAUCCAACAUGAGUUGAAAAAGCAUUACAGACACGUGCAGUCUGGAAAGCUAUUGUAUGAGAAGCCAUCGAGUACUAAUAAUUCUUCUGUGGUUCAAAAGAGGGAUUUGGCAUUUCCGUCUAUCUCCCAAUUGGUUUCCACAAAACUUGGAAUGUCUGUCCAGUUGAAAUGUGAAAAUGACCUAGGUGCAGGAGGCCUAUUAAUGGGUCCCAGAACAGUAUUGGCCACUGAAAUUGAAUGUGCAAUGUUACAAGCUGCUAUGUGCCGAAUUCGGCAUGUGCUUAUGUCAAGCAAUAAUAUAGUUCGUCUCAGUUCAAACCGAUUAACAGUUGGGACAUCACUGGACCGACCACCCAAUGCAUCACAUUUCCAUGAAUCAAACAUACCAUCUGGAAAGGUUUCUGUCAAACAAAUGAAAGAGAGUAUACCUGUGAGGAUUGCUGGUGAUGCAGAUGAAGAAAUGCAUGAUGGACCUCGUACUGCACUGGUUGGAGUUUGGAGACCAGUGGGAGCACCCAAAGCUUCAAAAGCAUAUCUUCUACCUAAAAAUGAGAAUGUGAAGCCCUCACCAUACAAUGUAUCUGAAGAGGAAAGUGUAGUUUCAAAUACACUCAAGCAACCUCUCCAUGAACUUCUAGAUGCUAUGUCAUUUCUGGUUCAACAAGCUACUGCAUCAACAGAUAUUUCCCUUGAUGGGGAAUGUGGAGAUGGUCCAUUUGCAUGGCUAGCAUUUCAGGAACAACAGAGACGAAGGUUUUCUUGUGGACCUGCCAUGGUCCAUGCAGGCUGUGGGGGUUCUCUUGCUACUUGUCAUUUCCUAGAUGGUUCUGGUGUGGAAUUAAUAGAUCCUCUGGUUGCAGAUGUUUCGCCAGCAGCAGUACUGAGUUUGCUGCAGUCGGAUGUUCGAGCAGUUAUUAAAAAAGCUUUUGAGGAUUCAAGUUCUGACGGACCAUUGUCUAUUAUAGAUUGGUGCAAGGGGCGAGUACAGUUAGGUGAGGGUGGUCAUGCAGGUGACAGUUCAUCUGGGGACUGUGCCCUAAAUGAUUCCAAGGAAGCUACAAGUACUAUUGGAGAUCCCAUAACUCCACCACAGUGUUCAGCGGUUGGUUCAGUAAAUCUCAAAGGUACAGGCUUGCAACAAAUAGAUAAUCAAAUUUCUGAAGUCCAACGUGGUAGCAAGAAUUGGGGUAUAGAAACUUUAUCCAUGUCAGAGGGCAUGAGAUUGGAUGAUAGCAGUCAAAGACGAACAGCACUGGAUGCGGAGGGAGAUCUACAAAUGGGCCUGUCACGCAAUAGACCAACACUUAUGGCCCUUUCAGUGCCUGCUUUGCUUGUUGGAUACCAGGAUGACUGGUUGAAGACAUCGACUAGCCCUAUUCAACUCUGGGAGAAAGCUCCUCUUGAGCCAUAUGCACCUCCUAAACCUGUUGCAUAUUAUGUUAUUUGUCCAAAUAUAGAUCUGCUACUUUCUGAAUCAGCUGAUUUUUUUCAGCAGUUAAGUACGGUGUAUGAGGCAUGCAAGCUUGGGAGUCAUGAUCCUGUGAAUACUGAAGGGCAGCGCUUCAAUUCUGGCAAAUGGGCUUCAUCAGGUGUUGUGCCUGUAGAAUGUCCAGCACAGUUUCAAAAGACCGUAAACAAUUUAUCUUUUAUUGGUUCCAUAAAUGACUACUUAAUGACACUGGAAAAAGGUUGGGAUGUGAGCAGCUUCUGCAGGUCUCUGGCAAAGGUGCUCAAAAGUUUCCCGAUUGGUGCAAAUUCACCGGGAACUCAAAAAGACACGGAUAAUGGUCCUUUCACGGUGCUAUAUGUAAUAUGCCCCUUUGCCGAACCAGGUCCAAUGCUUCAGACAAUAGUUGAGGCUUGCAGGUGCCUUGGAGCCAUUGUUAACCAUCCUGACAAAGAGAGAAGAUCGAUAACCUACAGUCAUGUUGGAAAAUCUCUACACUGUGCCACUACACUAGAUGAAACAUUGAAUUUAAAUGUUCCCACUCUAUUUGGGUUCAGUGUUCCAAAACUUGUUUUGCAAGUCCUUACAGCAGAAACAAUCCUCAAAGCUACCUGUCCUCCAGUGAGUGAGUUAGUCACUCUUAAAGAAAUAGCUUUUACUGUGUAUAAUAAGGCUCGACGGAUUCCUCGCUAUGCACCUGUUUGUGACACACUGCAAGCAGCUACACCAUCACUUAGGGCUCGACCAGGUGCUGUGCACAUGAGCCCAUCUGUUACAGGAUUCUGGAAGGAUUGCAGUAUUAACCGUGCUACAGGAGCAUCAUCAUUAUCAAGAGAGAAUGCACUCGAUACAUCAUGCUUACGACCAGGUGCUUGGGAUAGUUCCUGGCAAACGAGGCACAGUGAGUCAACUACAUGUGAUUUAAGUGGGUCUGGAGAUUCUAUUUCGCAGAAUGAUGUGUGCUACUUGUUUGAACCUUUAUUUAUAUUGUCAGAACCUGGUUCCUUGAGUCAAGGUGUUUCUCUUCAUGUGACUGGCACUGCUACCUCAGAUUCAUUGAGAACUUUGUCUGAUGAUGCCAGUGGUAGUACACAGCCUUCAACUGCUAGUGUGCUGGGAGAUAUUGGGUCAAGUAUUGUCAUAGAUGGAUCAGAAUCUGACUGUUUGCGGGCUGGAAAUCACAGAGCACCAAGUCUCCAUUGUUGUUAUGGCUGGACUGAGGAUUGGCAGUGGCUUAUUUGUGUCUGGACAGAUGCUCGUGGUGAACUGCUCGAUGUCCAUAUAUUUCCAUUUGGUGGCAUUGGCAGUAGGCAGGAUACAAAGGGCCUUGAAAGUCUUUUUAUUCAAGUUCUGCAACAAGGAUGCCAAUUACUGUCUGUUGCUCCUGAUGUUGGAGGUGGCAGACCAAGGAGUCUUGUAAUUGCACGCAUUGGAUGUUUCUAUGAACUUGAGUGCCAAGAAUGGCAAAAAGCAAUUUCAGCAGUAGGAGGAGAUGAAAUGAAAAAAUGGCCUGUGCAACUACGUCGGUUUGCCCCUGAUGGCACAUCUGCAAGUAGUGGUGGCAGCACCAUUCAGCCACAGGAAAUCAAUAUGAUCCAUGACAGGACUUUGCCACCUUCACCCAGUACAGCAUCCUCUAUUUAUGGUUCACAUUCAAAGACAUCUAAUUUUAUUAAAGGGAAUGUUGGGCAACCCAACACAAGAAAACAGGUUAUUUCUGGACAUUCACAAGAAUUCUCGAAGGGUGCUUUUCAUUGGGUGCAAAAUAUUAGUCUGGUGGGAUUGUGCAUAGACCACUCUCUCCAACUACUUUCCCAGGUUGAGGCGACUUCACUAGGUGGAAAUCAAGGUGCUUCUUCAGGAAUAUCAGGCUCCAUUGAUGGGUUAAAUCCAGUGAAUCCACAUGUAUCAACAACUGUGUCAAACUUGUUUGUUCCUUCACACAACCUUCGAUUUUUUCCUCCAAUGCCCUUACAACUGCCAACAUGUCUUACAUCCGAGUCUCCACCACUGGUGCACUUAUUGCAUAGCAAAGGUUUUGCAUUCCCUUUUGCCACUGGCUUUGUAGUAUCCAAAACAACUCCAUCCAUCAGGAAAGAUUCCAUGCAGCGCUUCACCAAAGAGGAAUGGCCAUCCACCCUUAUGGUGAACUUGGUUGAUUAUUAUGGAGGAACAAAUACCAUUCCAACUAGUCAGCAAGUACCUAUAACUGCUGAAGCUAUUGGAAAAAGUAAGCAAAGUAGAAUACCAAUUAUAGAGGCCAAAGACUAUCAAGUUGAGGCUCAUUUGGCAUUAGAGUGUGUGGCAGCAGAACUACAUGCACUUUCAUGGUUAUCAGUCAGUCCUGCAUUCUUAGACCGGCGUACUGCUUUACCAUUACAUUGUGAUAUGGUGCAGCGACUGCGAAGACUUAUCCAUUAUGCUUCUAAAGAAUUUGGGCUUUCAGGAAUGCAAGAAAGAAUGCAGUCUGUCUUGUGAUUGGGCAUCCUUUAUGCAGUACGACUUUGAAAGUUAUAUGCUGAUGUCUUUCUGUUGCAUUCUCUGUUGAUUUCUACAAAUUCAAGAGUAGAAUUGAAACAGACUUUGUUGUGAAGUUCACAGAACAGAAAUUCUUUAAGAUCCGUGACAGCUUCAAAUGUAUUGAGAAUGCAAGUGUAUUAUGUAUAAUUAAUGACUUAACUCCAACAACUUUAGCUGAUUGUACACAUGAUCAGGUAAUGCUAUUAUUUGUUGAGUUUAUAUAUUGGAGGGUCUGUACCAAGUUUUAUGUAAUAAACAUAAGUUCCAAAUUGCAUUCGA